AUGCGUCGAUUAAUUUGGUCUGUUAUGUUGUGUUAAUAAAUUUUCGCCUGGGAGUGUGCUAUCGAUACAAAUUUUUAUGUAGCGCAGUGAAUUUGUAUAAAUAAACAUUAACCGCGCAUGGUAGUGAAUAAAAUUCUCUUUUGAUCAUGGCGUUGGAGGGUGUGAAAAGUGAAAAAAGUGAGGAAAGUAAUGGGAAUGUGCAAGAUGGAAAGACGAAUGGUGUCGAGAACAGGAGUAAACAGAUAGAUCCAAACACAGCAUUUCUUCGAGCAGCGAGAGCCGGGCAGUUAGAUUCAGUCAUCGAUUUAUUGGACUCUGGCGCUGUUAAUGAUAUUAACACAUGCAAUUCAAAUGGAUUAAACGCGCUUCACUUAGCCGCCAAAGACGGCCACAUUUCAGUCGUAGAUGAGCUUCUGAAGCGCGGUGCUACUGUCGACGCCUCUACAAAGAAAGGAAAUACAGCACUACAUAUAGCAUGUCUCGCUGGGCAGGAAUCGGUUGCGCGGGCACUGCUAGCGUCCGGCGCAAGAGCAGAUGCUCAGUCAGCGGCAGGGUUCACGCCAUUGUAUAUGGCUGCACAAGAAAACCACGCGGGCUGCGUGAAAAUGCUGCUGGCUGCUGGGGCAAGCCAGACACUGGCAACGGAGGAUGGAUUCACACCAUUAGCCGUAGCAAUGCAACAAGGCCAUGACAGAGUUGUGGCGGAAUUACUAGAGUCUGACACGCGCGGUAAGGUGCGUCUUCCGGCACUGCACAUCGCCGCAAAGAAAAACGACGUGAAAGCUGCCACGCUUUUAUUAGAGAACGAACACAAUCCCGACGCUUGCUCGAAAUCUGGCUUCACUCCACUCCACAUAGCUGCGCACUAUGGGAACGUGGGAGUGGCCAAGGCUCUAUUGGUGGCUGGGGCUGACUCGGGCAGAGCGGCUAAACACAACAUCACACCUCUGCAUGUGGCCAGCAAGUGGGGACAGUUGGCUAUGGUCGAUUUGCUUGUUGAAAAUGGUGCAAACAUAGCAGCAGUGACUCGUGAUGGACUGACACCGUUACACUGUGCGGCGCGGUCUGGUCACAGUAAUGUGGUAUCCAGGUUGCUACAACAUGGUGCCCCUAUCACCAGUAAGACUAAAAAUGGUCUAACCCCCCUCCAUAUGUCGGUACAAGGCGAACACGUGGAGACGGCAAGGGUGCUACUCUCGGAAGGCGCACCUAUCGAUGACGUCACAGUUGACUACCUCACGGCGCUGCACGUAGCCGCACAUUGCGGGCAUGUCAAGGUUGCCAAACUUCUGCUAGACAGAAAUGCAGACGCAAACGCACGAGCACUCAACGGAUUCACGCCUCUACAUAUCGCCUGCAAGAAAAACAGGCUCAAAGUUGUUGAACUGUUGCUCAAAUAUGGUGCUAGUAAAUCAGCAACAACAGAGUCAGGUCUGACACCACUCCACGUCGCGUCAUUCAUGGGGUGCAUGAAUAUUGCCUUAGUGCUGGUUGGCGCUGGUGCUGAUGCAGAUGCUGCGACCGCGAGAGGAGAGACCCCACUGCAUCUCGCUGCUAGAGCGCACCAGACGGAUUUAGUUAGAGUGCUGUUGAGGAAUAAUGCUAAGGUUGAAGCUCGUGCCCGGGAAGAACAAACACCACUUCACGUUGCGGCUAGACUUGGCCACGCGGACAUAGCAGCGCUGUUAUUGCAGCACGGGGCUGAUGUUGCUGCUACGACUAAGGACAAAUACACACCGUUACACAUUGCUGCUAAAGAGGGUAAAGAAGAAGUAGCAUCUAUCCUAAUCGACAACCAAGCGCCAAUAGAAGCUGAGACACGAAAAGGUUUUACUCCGCUCCAUCUAGCGGCGAAAUAUGGAGACAUCGGUGUUGCCAGGUUGCUACUCGCUAGAGGUGCACAACCAGACGCCCCUGGAAAAAGCCAUAUUACACCUUUACAUAUGGCAACAUACUAUGGGCAUCCCGAUAUCGCAUUGUUACUUUUGGACAAAGGUGCCUCCCCCCACUCGCUAGCUAAGAACGGCCACUCUGCCCUCCACAUCGCGUGUAGGCACAACCAUCCAGACAUCGCAUUUGCGCUCCUCGAACAUGAUGCUGAUCCAAGUGUAAAGUCGAAAGCUGGUUUCACACCUCUUCAUAUGGCUGCGCAGGAGGGCCAUGACGAUUGUGUAGAAAUGCUUAUUGAAAGAGGCGCUGAUGUCAACGUACCAGCUAGUAAUGGUCUUACUCCAGUACAUUUAGCAGCAUCCGAAGGCAGGACGGCUGUACUCAAGUCACUCUUGGCAGCAGGAGGGCGCUGUGCUGCAAGAACACGAGAUGGAUAUACGCCUUUACAUGCGGCUGCGCACCACGGACACCACGCCGCCGCUAAGACUCUUCUUGAAGGCGGCGCUGAUGUCACUGCCACGGCUGCUCACGGUUUCACACCUUUACACCAGGCGGCGCAACAAGGCCAUACUCUUAUCAUUCAACUUCUACUUAAGAACAAUGCCGAUCCCAACGCACUGUCUGCGAAUGGCCAGACAGCAUGCGCAAUAGCAGAUCGUUUGGGAUAUAUUAGCGCUGUGGAGGCUUUGCGGCCACUCACCGAAAACACACUAAGCCAAACUGUAGGUGACACCGGUGGUAUGGAAGGAAAAUAUAGAGUAGCUGCGCCGGAGUUGAUGCAAGAUACAUUCAUGAGCGAUUCAGAAGACGAAGGAGGUGAAGUGGAGUGUCCAAUACAACAGCAGCAACAAUACCGCUACAUGAACAGCGAAGCGGGAACCUUAAACCGGGCGAAGCCGCUCGAAGAUAGUGUCACAGAUGGACACCUCUGGCCAAGCAACAAUGACAGCAGGGUUGCUACCAUUGAACGACAGCCCCUUGAUAUCGGUUUCUUGGUAUCAUUCGUGGUUGAUGCUCGGGGCGGCGCCAUGAAAGCGAAGCGACGUGGUGGUGUCAGAAUUAUCGUCCCACCAGCGGCCUGUGCAGCACCCACCAGAGUAACAUGCAGAGCAGCGACACGGCGCGCACCAGCGGCUGCUCCUCCACCACUUAUGGAAGGCGAAGCUUUAGCCUCCAGACUUCUAGAACUGCAACCACAAGGAGCCAAAUUUUUAGCGCCCGUUAUAAUCGAAGUCCCAAUAUUCACGGCAUCCUGUCCCGAACGAGAAAUUGUAAUCCUUCGCUCAGACACGGGAGAGACAUGGCAGGACCACUACUUGCAUAACAACGACAAUGCUAUGGUGCAGGAGGCAUUGACAAGGGAGAAACAAGAGCACGGCAACAGUGGAGAGACAUUAGGAGAGAACGGAGAGAGAGUGACACGUAUUAUCACAUGUGACUUCCCUCACUACUUGGCUGUGGUCUCCAGGGUCAGGCAAGAGGUCCAUAUCAUUGGACCUGAGGGAGGCACUGUUUCCUCUGCGCAUAUACCCCAGGUCCAAGCGCUUUUCCCCCCACAAGCGCUCACAAAGCGUAUACGCGUCGGUCUCCAAGCGCACGGAGCGAACAGUGGUGUGACCCGCAGAGUCCUACCCCGUCAUGCAGCUGUGUCUCCAGUACUGACAGUGGAGCCCCGAAGAAGGAAAUUCCAUAGGAGUAUUACACUUACUGUGCCCCUGCCACACCCGGCUGAUCAGAAGCCAGGUGAAAAACCAUCUACAGCAAAUCUUCGACUCCUAUGCUCCAUAAUGGGUGGGCAGGCAAGGGCCGUGUGGGAAGACGUUACUGGAUCUACUCCGCUUACCAUCACAGAUGACUGCGCUUCCUUUACUACUACUGUAUCUGCCAGAUUCUGGCUCAUGAAUUGUCAAAAUGUCAGCGACGCUACAAAGAUGGCUACAGAACUUUACAGACAAAUGUUGGUGGUGCCAUUUGAAGUACGCAUCGUGGUCUUAGGCAAACGUUUGGAUGCGCUCGAGGGCCGCUUGCUGGUUCUAUACAUUACCGAUAGAUACGCCUAUGAAACUCUUUUGCAACAGGAGCAUUACACAGAGAUAGCCCACUCGACGUCCGUCCGGUUCCUGGAUGGUAAAGAAGUAUUUCUGGAAUUUUCUGGCAAUCUCAUUCCAGUUACAAAAUCCGGCAGCCAACCAUUAUUUACCUUUGAGGCAUUCAAGGACAAUCGUGUAGAAUUCACCGUACGCGUGAAGCAUCACGAAGAAAGUCCCUCUGGCAGAAUUUACUUCAUGAACGAGCCUAAAGUGGCAAAAGGAGAACAGUCACAGACUCCAGCGUGCGUACUUGACGUGGAACUACCCGAACGUAUUGUGCCGCGCGCCGCUAAGAGUCAGAUGGACUAUUUGAACCUUGAUCAAUCAGGUUUUGAUGCAUUAAAAGAUGAACUGAGCUUCCACUGGAAUGACCACAACCACAGCAUUGGACCGCCAUCUCUUCCUACUCAUCAUGAAACUUCUCCAAAACUCAACGGACACGACAAAACCAUUGCAAAUGGUAAUGUGAAAUUGCCUUCCAAGGAUACUGAUGAUGUGAAGCCUAAACCACACGUCAACGGUGAUUCAAUAAAUGUUGACUCCAACAAGGUAAAAGCAACAUUUGAUUCUGACGAAGACAAAACACCGAUGAAUACAUUGGAGAAAGGCAAAAAGAAACAAGAUGGUGGUUUCUUCGGUGGCCUGGCUGGCAAAGUGAAGAACGUGUUUGGAGGCAGUGAAGAAAAAGAAGACAGUAAAGAAUCUUCGCCUAAGCCGCAGCCUAAGCCUCGCGAGUCUAAAGACAAAUCGCCGCCUAAACCCGCACCAAGAAUUAUAAACGAAGACUUAUUAGAAAAAGUUGAUGAUAUGUUCAAAGAUCUUAAAGUAAAACCACAUGUAAAGAUAGAUGAUGAUGCAAACAAUCGAGUGUACUUGACAAAAUUAAUUGUUGAUGAAGAUCAACCAAGCCUAAAGGAAAAAACUGAAGAUGUGUACCAUCAGUAUGAGCAUAUGCAACCUGUGGAAACGCCAUUGCACUGUCAAAAAACUGAUCCAUUCCAAUUCUACACUGGUUGCUGUGAGGGUAAGUACAAGCAUGGCGAAAAACAUCGCCAUGAUGAAACCUCAAAUUUAGCAGACAGGAUAGAACAUGUUAACUUUACCGUUCACGAAACUAUUCAAGAAAUUGCAGAUCGGGCUGAUAAUGAAUCUAAGGAUGUUUUAGAUAAACUUGACACAGAAAAAGAUAGCUUAAGGAAUGAUGCAUCACAAAUUAGUGAAAAUGCAAAGAAAAAUAUUCAAAACUAUAACAAUGACCUUGUAAUUGUUGAAGAAACUUUAAAGAACAAUGUUCAGAAUGGAGUUAACCAAUUAGGUAAUUCCCUUUCAGGAAAAACUGAUUAUAUUUCAGAAGAAUCUCUAAAAACAAAAUCUGAUUUCGAUAACUUAAACACUGAAGUAAGAACUAAAGCAGAAGCUGAGGUAGAAAAUAUUCAGACAGCAGCACAAGAUAUUGUUAAUAACAUUCUAAAUCAAGCAAGCCCUCCAAUAUCUGACCACAAAAGCUUUGUAAUGGAUUUCUUAGCUGCCGAACAAUUGGAAGCAUCUAGACACCUAGAAGAAAUUAAUCAGAAAAAGCAAGAUACUGAAAUGUCUCUUAAAGAUAAAGCACAAGAAAGCGUAACUAAAAUAAAAGAAACGGCACAUGAUGUUAAGAAUGACAUAAGUCAAAAAACUGAGGGCUUGAAAAAUAAUAUUAAGGAUAAAGUAGAAAGUGGUAAAGAUGCUACUAAAGAAAACAUAACCGACUUAAAAGAAAACAUUGGUAAGAAGACAAAUAGCUUUAAAAAAGGUACUAAAAACAAGAUUGAAGAUAUUAAAGAUGCUACCAACGAGAAAUUAAGUGACAUAGGAGAUGCGAUUGAUUUGGCAAAAGAAAAUGCUGAAAAAGGCGCUGAAAACAUGAAAAAUAAGGCUAAGGAAGCCAAGGAAAAUGUCAAAGUGGAAGGUAAGAAAAAAUCGAAAGAGGGAAAGAAUUUCUUUACUGGUCUUGUCCACAACAUCUUUGGUGAAAAAGAAAAAGUUGAAGAAGAUGUGAAAGCAAAGGUUUUCGAAGGUAAAAAAUCAGCUAUUAAGUUAUCGAAACAAGCUUCUCAGAUGAAAGAAGACGCUGAGGAGACAGUGGCCAAGAAACAAGAACAGUGUACAGAUUUUCUUAACAAUGAAACUCAAAUCAUUAGUAGUCGUCAAGAAGAGAUAGUUAACGACGGCAAUGACCUUAUUGAAAAGAUACAAAAUAAAACUGAAGAACUCAAGGAUAUAGUUCAAAAUACAAAAAGUGCGGUAGCUGUUACUGUACAGGAGGUUGAACACGAUGCUACCAAUUUUAAAGAUAAAAUUGAUCUUGAUGCGAAAAAUCAAACGACACUAUUGUUAGAUAAUGUUGAAGAAAAGAAGAACAAAGUCAGCCAAGAACUAGAAAAUGUUAAGAAUAACGCAAUACACAAUGUACAAGAAACUGCAAACAACGCUAUUAACGAAAUUGAAAGCAAAAAAGAACAAGUUACCAUAAAUGCUCAUAACCAAGCUGAGGAAUUAAUAAAAAAUGUUCAAAGCCAAGCAGAAGAAAAAGCUGUAAAAAUUAAGGACACACAAGAAAAAGUAGUCCAUUUUGUAGAAGAUAAAACAAGUGAUAUGUUGGAUGUAAUAGAACUGAAAAGAGGGGAUCUCACGCUAAGCGAAAAUAAUCUAAUAGAAAAUAUUCAAAGUACAAAAAAUAAUUUAUUACAGAAUACAGAAGAAGCAACAGAUCAUGCAAUGAAAGAUUUGCAAAAGAAAACUAGUCAAAUUGUUCAAAAUAUAUAUGAUGAAAGAGAAAAGGCUAUAAAAAGUGCACAAUCAAAAAGUGAUGAGAUAGUUAAGAGCGUAAAAAUUAAAGAAGAUGAAUUUACAACGGCUAUCCAAGAUAAAACACACGCAGCCACCGAAGCUCUUACUAAUACUAGGGCAGUGGUAGAACAGGUAGUUCAAAAAAAGAAGGACAAUUUACGGGACACCGAGGCCUUUGUACAAAAUGCCGCUACCGACCAUAUGAACAGGAUACGUAAAGAGGCGGAAAAUACUACAGAGGAUAUUAAACGAACAGCCGAAGAAACGUUAAAUGCGGCCACAAACAAAAAAUCGGAAAUUGAAGCUAAUUUUAUUAAUAAAGUUACAGAAAUGAAAGAAUCAGGGAAAAGCCACGUAGAUGAAGUUAAGAAAACUUCAUAUUCUAAAGCAGAUGAAGUGAAAGAAUCAGCGGAACAAGCGUUCGAUUACGUUAAAGACUCGUCCUUGGGCGCUUUCGAUAUGAUCGAAGCCGCAGCAAUGGACAAAGUAACCGACGCCACCGACACAUGGGAUGAUCUUCAGAGCAGCACGCGGGAUACGUACGCAGAUAUAAAGGACGAUUUCCAUGGAUUAGAAAGUUCCGCUCAAGACACGCUACACAGUUUGCAAAGCUCAGCUGGAAACACGUUUGACAGUUUGGAUGAUUCCACUCGGGAAGUCAUUGGCGACGUACAAAUAUCCGCUCGUAAAGCUGAAGAGACUUCUAAGGAGCUAUUCGGGUCUGCUAAAGAUUCUUUUGAAGGUUUUACUGUCACGGCGGGUAAUAAAUUAGAGGAUGCUAAAGGCGCGGCGAAUGAUAGGAUAGAUGAGGCUGGGCAAAGGCUAGACAAGGCUGAGAAUAUAGUUGUGGAAGAGGUCAAAGCUACUGGGGCUAAUGUAGCAGAGAGUGUGACGUCAGAAGCGGAUAAAUUCGCGAGUAAUCUUAAUGACUUGGGCAACUCUGUCUUUGGAAUGUCUGGUAAAGGUUUCAUGAAAGAUUCGAGUAAAAAAUUACUUGCUUCGGAAAAAUCACAGUCAUCGCCACACAAAAAGACCUCAGGGUUUUUCUCAAAACUGCGUCGCAACCACUGAGCAACGGUGAUCUUAAUCAGUUGAUAAAAUCCACCUAGCUAUAUUUAAUUAAAUCUUCCAAUACUAAUACAAGUAAGGGGCUUUAUAAUCGAAAUAUUUAAUGUAAUUUAGUGCUAUCCCCAUAAAAUUAUUAUAGUAAAUAAAAAUCUUUAGUUUUUGUAAAUACAUUUUAUUUUAUAUUUUGAUUUCGUUACAACGCAUAUAAUCUAGAUUUAGUUAUACUUCGAGAACGAAAAUAAAUUACAGCUGUUUUAAAUUAUUAUUUUAAUUUAUUAAGAAUUUUCACUUGUGAUGUAUUCUAUAGAAGUAACUAAACGUUUCUAGAGUGUGACUGUCAAUAUAAAGCUAUAUUGUUUGAAAGAAAUUCUAAAAUGUAAUGUGUAUUAUACUUUACAAUACCUUAUCACAUACAAAAAACAUAAGAUAUUAUAUUCUAGCACAAGCGUAAUAUGCGUUAAUAUGCUUUGUUUAUAAGUAAAGUAAUACGUAUUGAUGUGGUACAAAGUGUUGAUCAUCUAAGAUAAUAUUAAAUAUUUCUACAGCGUACCCGUAGUACCAACGUUACGUAAUUUGUAUAAUUGGCAAUAUAUAAUUAUUUCAUAGACAACUUGAAAUGAACUGAAUGAUUGAUGUAUAUUAGAAGAACUAAAGAAAGCAAGGAAUAGUCAACAGAAUUUGUGUACAAAUUGUAUGGACAAAAUUUUAAUAUUCGAUGCUAGUAGGGUAACAGAUAUUGUAAACAAACUUAACAAAUACAGUGUAAACUCUAUAUAACGACACUGAAGAAACUAUGCAUUUUAGGGCGUUAAUUGAAGAGAAGCAAAUAGUAUAGAUAAUCCAUGACUCCUACUUAUUAGUCAUGGUCAACAACACCCUACACGUGCAUCUCGAUUUGUAAACAAACGAACGAAUUUUUUAGAAAGUUUGUAUGCUGACAGGCGAGUUUAUUGCGGGCUAAAAUAAUAAAGCGACGAAAGAACGUACACAGCUAUGCAGUUUUUACUUAUUUUAGCAACUUAAAAAGUACUUUAUUACUCAAUUGUUGCCGUUAUUGAUAUUGGGUGUAAUGCCAUGUAGAGUGUAUCAUUGUAUGGAACACAAGCUAAACCAAAGAAAGCCAAUUGACUUCGACGCUUUAGGGACUUCGUCAAGUAGACGGACGUUACAUGGAGUUUACACUGUAUAGAACAUUUACAACAAUAAAUGAGUAGAUCAAAGAGAAUUUAAAAAAAAACAAGUUUACUAAAAAGAUUUUCUAUGUUCGAUGGUUAAAAAUAAAUAUUUGACUUAUUAUCAUCAUAUAUCUACAAAUCAUCACAGGUUUAAAACCUAUAAUUUUUUAUGGUGCACGUUUCCUAUUUACAUCUAACGUUUAACGGUCCGUAAAUUGAGGCAUAAACGAGAAUAUACAAUUGGACACUCGUUAGAAUAAAAUAGGAACCGACUUAUUGAGGUGAAAUUAUUGUGUCUUAUAGUGUGAUUUGUGUGUCUAGAAUUUUAUGUAAAUUAAAGUACCUAACAAAGAAUUGAUUAAUAAUUAUUCUGAAUGUACUGUGAUGCCAAAAUUUUUAGAAAAUAUCUUUUGUUAUUAUUUAUAGAGUUUAUUGUCACCCUAUUUAAUGCUUUUAGUAAUAAAUGAUUAUGAUUACAUUGAA